UUAGCACAGGUAUAUAAAGGCUUACAUUUUAUCUAUGUUGAAUAUAAGUUGCCAGAAUGUCGAAAUUUUACUUGAAGACGUUUGUUAGAGUGGUGCAAACAUUGUUUUGUAUUAUAAGUUUUGCAAAUGCCACUGGACCCAAUGUCACCACGCAACUCGGAGUAAUCAAUGGAAACACCAGGAACGGAGAAUUUGACGGAAAAGUGUAUGCUGUUAAUGAAUAUUUGGGGAUCCCUUACGCAAAGCCUCCUGUCGGGGACUUACGAUUUAAAAGACCGGAACCGUUCGGAAAUCUGCCUUCUCCGUUUGAUGCGACUCGGUAUGGAAAUGUGUGUCCUCAGUCGGAUUUCUUAAAAGUAGGUAUGCGGUCAACAACAGAGGAUUGUCUAUUCCUAAACAUAUUCGUUCCAAUAACAGAGAGGGAUCUCGAGCAAGGACAUGCUGUGAUGGUUUUUAUUCACGGCGGUGGAUUCACAAUGGGUUCCGGCGAAACAACUCCGGGGCAUGUCCUUGCUUGGUUUGGCAAUGUUAUUGUUGUCACAAUCAACUAUCGCCUUGGACUGUUAGGGUUUCUUAACAUGGGCACCAAAAAUGCGAAAGGAAAUCAAGGACUUUGGGACCAAAGGUUAGCCUUGCAAUGGGUUCAAGCUAAUAUAGGAGAGUUCGGCGGGGGCGGGAGAGUGACCAUCUUCGGAGAAUCCGUCGGGGCCGUUUCAGUUACUCUUCAGUGCAUAUAUCCGGCAAACAGAGGCCUUUUUCAAAACGCUAUUGCUGAAAGUGGGACAUUACAUAUGAAGUAUGGGCUUACAAAAGAUACAAAGUACCCUGCACAAUUGUUGUCACAAAAACUUGAUUGCGAAUCAAAUACAGAUGAGAGCAUUUUAAAAUGUCUUCAAGAAGUGUCUUCUGUCAAACUGUUAGAAGAAAUUGAAAAACUUUCACUCGAUCCAAAUACAGCGGCGUUUCUUAAGUUUGUUCCAACAAUUGACGGUGAGUUUUUGCUCCAGGAUCCUGAUGAUACUUUGCGUGAAGCGGCGCACGAGUUGAGUGAAGAGGUAAAGUUUUUGAGAGAAAUAAGGCUUAUCAAUGGAGUAAAUGGAAUGGAAGGCGGGAUGUUUCUCAUGUUUGUUUCUGGUAACUUUACUAGUGAUCCAGACGAAAUUCAGGUCAGUGACACCGACAUGAAAACCAUUUGGAUUCCAGCAUUUCUAGGUGAAGUAAUGCCUGAAAAAGAGAUCCAUGAAUCAGUAAAACAACUGGUUGCCUAUGAGUAUACGAACUGGGGUAAUUCUGAGGAUGCCAAGGAAAUGUUUGUGAAAUACACAGGAGACCUUACUUUCAAUAUCCCUGCUGUUAUGUUCAGUAAGGUACAUGCAAACGAUUCCAAUGCCAAGAGCUGGUUUUAUAGGUUUGAACCAAAGCUAGAACGUCACUCAUUGAAGACACCCACGUGGUUACAAAAGGCUAACCAUGGUGAUGAGCUAGGGCCUGUAUUCGGAUACUCAUUUGAUUACGAGAAAUAUGCCAAUAUUAAAGAUUACACUCCACCUAAUUGGGAAUAUGGACUGUCAGAGCGUAUCAUGGGGUAUUGGACAAAUUUUGCUAAACUUGGAGAUCCGAAUGGCAAAGAUACCGCAUUCUGGCCUCAGUACGACCCAGAAACCCAGCUGAACAUCUUCAUAGACCGUCAAGACAGCAUUGGUCACCAUCUGUAUGUACAGGAAGUCGCUUUCUGGGGCGAGGUGUUGCCGUCACUCUUGAACGCCAUCGAGCAAGGACCCUCUCACUCAGAAAAGUCGCUGUUUUCUAAGAAACAGGCCGACACGUGCGAUGCUGAUGGGAAAUGUGACUAGUUUUAAUAGUGCGUACUAAGAUGUUUAAUAGUCGUUGUUAAGUUUGCGUUAGUAAACUAACUGUCGUUCGUUAUGAAACAUGGAUGAAACUACCCGUUCCCUUUGUUAUGAUUGCCAACAAAUUUUGUAAUACAAAAAAGCAACCUA